AUGACGUUUCGUAAGAUAUUUUUUAAUCGAAUAACAGAUGACUUAAAAAAACGGGAAUUAUUACCGUUGAAAUUAAUAUUUUUUAUACAUGCAUCUACCAUAUUGGUAUUAUAUCCAUAUUUAACAAUUCAUAUGAGAGAAUUAGGAAUAAAUGUUAAAGAAACAGCAAUUAUGUCAGCUGUUAUACCAUUUAUUGCAAUUAUUAUGCCACCGGUUGCAGGAAUGUUAGCUGAUAAAAUUGGAAAUUUUCGUAUGUUACUAGCAUUUUUCUCGACAUUAGGUGGUCCCGUAGCACUUUUAUUACUUCUAGUACCUGUCGGACGUCUAACAAUAACAUAUCCAGAAUCUGUUAUCCUGGAUUUAUCAUGUUCACAAAAUGGAUCGUUACAUGUAAGCACAGAUGAACGUAAUUACAGCUGUGAACCAAUUAACUCAAAUACAGAGAACGAAAUCGAUAUACAUGUUGAAUCGUGUGGUUUGAGUUGUAGCAUCGAUUACAAUAAUUAUAGCGAAGAUGAUAUUCUAUUAUCACGUGAAAUUGAAAUACAAGAAAAAAAUGGACGUACCCUACAAAUGGUUUAUUAUCCAAAUGUAGAAAUACAUGUAGAAGAACCUUUAGAUCUUUCAGAACAGAGUCGAAAGUUACGAAAUAAUGAACUAUUUCAACAAACGAUUCGUAUGAUUAAUAAAAAUACGAUUUAUUUUCCAUUGGAAAACUAUCAUUUUAUUUGUAAGUCAUAUGAAAAUAGUACAAUCGAUUGUGAAUUGAAUAGUAACAAUACUCAAAUUUUGAAUACGUUUCGUGGAACAAUUUUACCAAUGCCACGUGGUACACAUUCGAGCUAUGAAAUGGAUAAUUUAAUACGAGAAUUUCCAUUGUUGUGGUUGUCAAAAAAUAGGAAAAGUAUACAUAGAACGCCAGUGUGUCAUGAAAAAUCGAAGGUAAUGGUAUCAUUAAUCACAGAAACAGAUUCACGAAUAAAAUUAGAAAAUUGUCAAUCAAGAUGUUUGGCUUUAACACCACGUAAAAAUUUAUGUAGUAAUUUAAAAGUCGUAAAAGAACGUAAUAUUCAAUUAACAUUUUGGAGUUACUUACUUGUGCGUGUUUUAAUUGGAGUUGUUGGUGGAACAGCAUUUGCAAUGUUUGAGGGAGCUGUAAUUGCAGUUUUACGUGAACAUAAAGCUGAUUAUGGUUUACAACGUGUUUACGCUUCACUUGGUGGAAUGAUUAGUUCACCAUUAUCCGGGUGGAUGAUUGAUUUUGCAAGUGCGGGAAAAGGUUACACCGAUUUUAGGCCAGCAUUUUGGCUCUACGCUAUAUUAAAAGUAACUACCGGAUUUUUAAUUUUAUUAAUUCGAUUAGACUUCAAACAACCUGCAAAAAAUGUUGUGGUUGAUGUGAAAACAGUUUUACGAAACGCUGAAAUGAUUGCUUUGUUAUUAGCAUGCUUUAUUUUGGGAACGGCAUGGGGAUAUAUUGAAAGUUUCCUAUUUUGGUUAUUGCAAGAUCUUGGUGGUUCCCGAUCACUUAUGGGUAUUACAAUCACUGUCGGUGGAAUAUUUGGUAUCCCAUUAUUGGUAAUGUCUGGACCCAUAAUUGAUAAAAUUGGACAUGCAAACGUUCUAUUUAUUGGCUUUGUAUUUUAUGCAAUACGAUUAAUGGGAUACUCAUUAUUGUAUAAUGCAUGGUAUUGCCUGAUAUUUGAGGCUAUGGAAAGUGUUACGACGGGCUUAGCAUUUACAGCGGCAGUCACUUAUGCAGCGAAACUAUCAACGACUACAACUGAUACUAGUAUUCAAGGACUUUUGGGUGGUUUAUAUUUUGGAGUAGGUAAAGGUUCGGGCAGUUUGAUUGGAGGAUUUAUGAUCUCAGCUAUUGGAGCACGUGAAACAUAUCAAGUAUUCUCAGCUGUAACAUUUAUCACUGGUGUUGCAUAUUUCUUAUUCAACCAUUUCUACUUAAGACAGCGUGCUACGGAAGGAAAUGAAAUUUGUAAAAAAGAAAAACCAAUACCGACACCAAUUGAACAUAAUAUUGUAGAAACAAAUGAAAAACUCAAUGGUGAUUUAAAAGCUGUACAAUAUACAAAAGAAACUGAAAGUAAAAAGAAUAAUAAAGAAAAAUUGAACGCAACAGAAAAUUUAGGUUUUGAGAAAGAUGAACAUGAAGAUUUAGAAAAGAAUGAAAAAAUUGUUAAUAAUGGACAAGUGAAUUUAGGUUUUAAGGAUGAUGACAAUAAAGUGAAAAAUAAUGAAAACAAAGUGCACUAGUUUAAAACAGGGCUUUAAAUUGUAGCUUAAUUUAAUUAAUAUUUUGUUUUUUAUAUAUUUGAUCUCCAUGAUGUUUGUAUUCCUUGAUAAAUAAAAUGAAACAGCAUAUUUCAACGGCAAAAUUAAAAGCUGGCCGAAACUAUAGGCCGAAACUAUUUUAAAAAAAUUUUUGGUGUUCGAAAAAGGCCUACUUUAAAUCAAUUCACUCUAUUCGUUCAGAAAUGCUGUCAGCAAAUCUGAUAUCCCAGCUUUUGAAAUCUCAAAAUUUCGAGAUAAUAUUGAAAAUACGAAAUUAAAUGAAUAUAAAGUUGCAAACUUAUUUGUAGAAGAAAUGGUAACAAUAUUGAGUGCACGAGGAACAUAUUUCUGGUUCCAAGCAUCAAACAAUCAUUUAUUGUUACUUUUCUUUUUACAAGAAACUAUCCAAUUUUCGCUGAACUGAGCCUAAGCAAACACAAUAACGUUUCACAUAAAAUAGGCGUUUCUUUUUUCAAUGUUUCGAAUACGAUUCUAUAUUAUUUAUUAUUUAUUCACUAGAAUGCAUAUAAUUUUAAACGUCAAGUCUUUCGGUUAUAUAAGCGAUGUUUAUUUAUGAUACAAUGGCGUAAACUAUAAAGAUACAAUUUGCCGAGUAAUCUUAAUGAAAAGAGAAUUGAAAAAAAUAGACUUGCACCAGGAAUGUGUUUAGAGCUCGUAUAGCCAAAUUGGCAAGGUGCUUAGCAUGAAUUCAAGAGAUCCGAGUUCUAGUUCUGGUGUGGGUGUAUUCUUUUCAAGUCUCUUUUCAUUACGGUUUUAUAUAUUUCGGGGACGAUAAAUACAAGGUAAAAAAUCGCAAUGCUAGUAUGGUAUAUUGUUGUAAGAUACGAGGAUGGCGUUUCGGUAAAUAUUAAUCUGUACAACUGGGGAAAUAAUUUGCCUCUUAACGGGCUAUAGGAAAAGAAAUUUUGUCUUCCAUUGAAUAAGAUAAAGAAUAAAAUAAAAAUUUAUUUUUAAAACUUAAGAUUCUAUAAAUUUAAAAUAUGUUUUUAAUCAAUUUUAUUAUUAAAACUCAGCAAACCUGAAAACAUAUAAACAAGCUGUUUAAUUUUAUUUAAUCAUUCUUUUUAAU